AUGCCAUCAACGACAUUGCUUACAUCCUCACUUCACUAUGGCGUUGUUGCGCGCUCGUAUCCCUUACGUGGGAAGGUCCUGCGCGGCUAUCUAGACGCAGCGGGGACGGCAAAUGGGGUGGGAAACGGCAACCCGAACGCAGAGUUCUCCCCGCUUGUUAGUGCAAUUGCGCUUGCGAGCGAAGGUCGCACGGCCCGGGUUGCCUGGGGUUUCAGUAACGGCGAAGUGGCAGUAACGGUUGCAAACCGUGCGAUGGAUGAGGCGCGUCCGUCGUCGGCACAACAUGUGCGCUGCAGACUAGACGAAUGCCACGAGGGAACAGUGCGUGAUAUCGCGUGGACAAGCACGGAAUGUCCGACGGCAUUUGUGACGGGCGCGACGGACGGGCGCAUGAAGCUAUGGGACGCGAAGAGGGUGAACUGUCUGUGGACGUCGGAGAAGAGCCCAUCUCUCAUCGCUGAUCCGUGUAUCAAGGUGGCCAUCGACAGCGCUCACGGAGUCGUCGUUGGUGUGAUGGAAAGCAACGAAAUUGUCGUGUGGUCCGGAGUCAAUUCGUGCGUAUCCGAUGAACAGGGGAAGGUUGCCCAUUCCGAUCACCCUCACAAAGUCUGCAUCUCAAGAACGCGCAAUAACGGAGUAUCCGUGCCCAGCAAUGAGGUCCACCCUAGUAGGGAACUAUCCGAGUUACGUCUGACGUUCUCCCGCAACGGGCAGCUCUCCAUUUUGACAUCUCACAAGAAUGAAUGCUACUUUGAACGCAUCAUUGUGGAGUUGUCUACUGCCGCGGUGGAGUAUGUCGCGUUUGGCGACACUUCUUCCGGAUACAUAACCUCUCUCAAUCCAGUAUUCGCUACCCAAGAUGAAGAGUCGAGUUUUGUUAUCGUGGGCGACAAGCUCGGCUGCAUCAGUAUCUUCGAUUGGGAUGCUCGACCUGAUCCAGUGAAAGGCACUGUUUUACCCUACCAGAAAUUCGAGGCGCAUGAAGACGGCGCUGUCACCGCUUUAGCUUGGAACCCUAUUGUGCUGAUAUCGGGCUCGUCGGGCGGGAGUCUAAAAGUUUGGGACUCAAUCUCGUUUGCCCUUCUUCGCACCUUCGCAUCGUCAGCGCCUCGUCCAGCGCCCAAUGUCGAGCAUGACGGCGUUCUGCAAAUUUUAAUGGAGAGAGAUGUGCUGCUGGCGUCUAUCGGAAGCAAGGUCACGGCGUUUCAUGCAGGUCGCGUGGAGGAUAAAGCCCAUGGGAAGGGGAAGCAAGCCAAGGCUGCAAGGCAUUCGGGGCUGGCAAAAUGGCAACAGCAAUUGGAAAUGCACCACGAUAUCGCGGAGUCACGUCGAGACCUCGAGGAGGAACAAGCGUACAUGCGCCGUGCAUUUGGGCGAGAAAGAGAGCAGCGGUCCACCUUAGAGCAUCUCGGCUUGAGCGAGGUAGAAGCAGUCGAAUAUGUGCUAAUGCUCAGCCGGGAUGAAGAAGAGCGCCGUAGAGAAAGCCUCGCCUCAGCAUCAUCCGAUGCGGCAUACAUUGAUGGUGUGUUCAUGGACGACUUUGACGACGCCCAGAUGCCCGUUUCAGGAUCUGAUGCUUCUCUGACGAACGACUCAAACCUUGCUUCGUCCUCCCGAACGCGUUCACUUCCGGGACGCGACACCUCAAGUGUCACGGCAAGCGGGCACUCACUGGGUCCGACACUGCCAGCCCCUAUGAACCGCAAAGUUUGUGUCUCACCGCGUCCGGUCCCGGAGCCGAUGGCAGCUGGCUUCAGCGCUAGCCCCUCGAGCGGCUCUGUGUCCUCUUCCUUCAACACACAGGGUUUCACGUCAGUACCACCCCCAUCGGACCCGGAUCAAUUCCCCGCCAUAAGCCGCACGCCAUCCUCUGCUGGUGUCUCAGUUCCCAGCAGUCCAUACAGUCCUGACGCCACCCAUUUCUCGGCCUCCGGCUCGGGCAGUCCCAGUUCUUACCGCAGUGCAUGGAGCAUCCCCUUACGUUCGCGGCAUUCUUCGAGGUCUGCAUCGUUUCAUACGAAUACAUCCUCAAGCAUUGGCGAUGUUAGCGAUCACAUGGCCCCUGACAAUGUCGUUUGGUCCACUACUGGUCCCUCAUUGAUUGCAGCUGGAUUUGGGCGACAGACAAGUAAUGGCGUUCAGGCACCUCUGCACGAGGACCAGGAAGACGAAGAGUUAAAGUUUGCAAUUGAGCUCAGUCUGGCAGAGGCGAGAAGUCGCGGCGAGAAUGUCUGA